GGUCAAUGCCCUUCUAAAGGAAACAAAGGUAGCGUGCCUGAAGUGGGGAUGAAGUUUACAAGCAUUGGAGAAAUUCGAGAACACUAUCUGGCUUAUGCUCGAAGUGUAGGAUUUCCAAUGCGGACGAGGACAACUCGCAAAGCCAAAGAUGGAACUCCUAGAAGUGUUACAUUUGUGUGCAGUCGACAAGGAAAAAAAAAAGAGCAAAACACAAGAUGUGUUCCACCCGAGGCCGACAAUGCAAUUGGGAUGUGAAGCAAGAGUAACUGCGUCAUGUGAUGGUGAUGGAAUAUGGAAGAUCUCCGUUGUGCAGUUAUUGCAUAACCAUGACUUGAGUCCUACUAAAUCUAGAAUAUAUCGUUGUAAUCGUAGUGUGCCUGCUAGUGUUAAAAAGCAGCUUGAGGUUAAUGACAAGGCAGGAAUUCCCUUGCACAAGAGUUUUCAAGCGGCUGUUGUGGAAGCGGGUGGAUAUGAAGAACUUGGCUUUAUAGAGAAGGAUUGUCGAAAUUACAUUGAAGAGUUUAGACGAUUAAGACUUGGCCUCGGAGAUGCAGAGGCAAUACAAGGAUAUUUUAACAAGAUGCAAGCAAAGAAUGAUGGGUUUUUCUUUAGCAUGGAUGUGGACGAAGAAUCAAGGCUUAGAAAUGUGUUUUGGGUGGACAAUAGGUGUCGUCAGUGUUACAAAUCCUUUGGUGAUGUUGUGACAUUCGACACUACAUACUUGACUAACAAGUAUGAAUUGCGGUUUGCUCCUUUCGUAGGUGUAAACCAUCAUGUUCGGCUUAAUUCCCGGACAUACAACAAGCACUACACUUGUGUUAGACCCAUUAAUCGGCACACGCAAAGGAGCUCCAAGAAAGAGUCGUCUCAAGUCCAACAGGGAAAAGUAUGGUCAAAAGAAAACAAGAAAAAGGACUACAGAGAAAAACCCAAAACCGAAAGAAGGUAGAAAAAAUGAUAGCCUACCUAAGAAGAGGAAGAAAAUGGAUGCGCCUGAGAUCUUGGGAUCACAAAGGCAGCAUGCUUGGCCCGUGCAAGACGAAGAUGGUGUUUACGACCUCACCUUGGGAGGUCUGGAUCUUGGCCUUUCACUACAUUGACUUUUAACAGCUAUUUUUCUGCAUCAGAUCUAGGUACCGAAGCUCUGAUUUUUUGGAAUGAGCAUGGGAACUCUAAAUCACAUACCUUUUUGCUUUUUGUGUAAAGUAUGUAAAGUAUCAUGAUAUAGAAAUUAAUUUAACCAAUAAAGCUUACUUACAUCA